UUAUUAAUUUUGAUUUAUGUUAUCAAUAUUUAGAUUAUCGAAAAAUCUAUCUGCUAUCUAUUUAAUAUUUCUUAAAAAAAGUUAACUAAUAAAUGAUUUAGUAGAAAAAUGAUUUUUACAAUCUAGAAGAAUUUUUAAACUCUUCUCUUUAAUCUCAUUCAGUUCUCACUAUUUAUCUUAAAAAUAAUUAAAUUUGGGAUAAGGGUUCAUUAGGCUUAAAUUCUGCUUUAGCAAAGUGCAAAAACCUCUUAAAUUUGUAACUUGAUUGAUAUUGGUGGCAAUUAAAUUGGAAAUUAGGGUGCUUUAGGAUUAGGUUCUGCUUUAAAAAACUGCACUAAUCUCUCCAAUUUGUCUCUUAAUCUUAGUUGUAAUUUAGUUGGUGCAAUCGGUGUAUCUGGUUUAGCUUCAGCUUUAUCAAACUGCACUAAUAUCUCAAAUUUGUCUAUUGAUCUAAGAUGGAAUUUAAUUUACGAUGAAGGAGCAUCAGGCUUAGGUUGUGCUUUACCAAACUACACAAAUCUCUCAAAUCUAUCACUUGGGAUUGUUUGCAAUAAAAUGACUAAGUAAGGUGCUUCAAUCUUAUAUUCUGGUUUAGCAAAGUGCAUUAACCUCUCAAAUUUGUCUCUUGAAAUUGGGCAAAAACUGUUUAUUUUUUUUUAUGUUUUGAUAUUUUUAUAGCUAUUUACGUUGAUUUAUUUUGGUAUCUGA